AUGGACAGCGAUGAUCUCCUGGAAUGGAUGUCCCGCUUCAACAACCAACUGAACAACAUUUUCGACAAGGUCAACAAUCUUCAAAGCGAGCUUCAGACUGUUCGUCACGAUGUGCAUCGACUAUUAUCCCAACGACAGACAAUUGCUAGGGCAGCGGCCCCACGCACAACAAGACCACGAGGAAAAGUGAAACUUUACUUCCCGGACGGGACGAAGUCUCCCCCCAUACCCUAUGUGACACUCAUCCAAUUUGCCUUUUUAAAGCAAGGCAACAACCCGAUGUCUGUCAAGUCCUUGUAUCAAUGGCUGGCGUUAAAAACGGAUGUCCAUGAUUUAAAGAAGUCAUCAUGGCAAAACAGUGUUAGGCACGCCUUGAGUUCAGAUGAUGGGUUUUGGAAUGACAAGGAAGAGAAGGUGUGGCGCGUCGACCCAAGCAGAACCGCAACACUGCACUAUAGUGAAAAUUGGCAGUACUUCCUCAAGGCUUUUCCCGGCUUUAUGGACGAUACAACCUUGUCUGUAUACCCGGCACUGUUAGAACAGCCAUCACCAUCCCACAAUGCCAGAUUUUAUCCCUUCGAAAAGGAUGUUUUUGGGGGAAACCUAGACGACGCCACUUAUAGAAACGUCUUGAAUGAGCUUAACACGAUCGAUCAAGACACUGAUGGACCUAUGAGCCUAAUUACGCAGAGCCACAGUUACCUAUUCUGA